GAUUACGCACUUCCUCCGGGGGCUUGGGGCCGAAUAGCUGUGUGGCGGGUUCGAGUCCCGCCUCCUGACUUUCGCCCCUAGCCCCUGAGUCCCUGGGCAGGGCGCAUUCGCCUGGUAACCUCUCCACGGCCAGGGGUGGUGGCACACCUGGGACUUCACCAUGGAGGACUACCUGCAGGGUUGUCGAGCCGCUCUGCAGGAGUCCCGGCCGCUACACGUUGUGCUGGGAAAUGAAGCCUGUGAUUUGGACUCCAUGGUGUCAGCUCUUGCCCUGGCUUUUUACCUGGCAAAGACGACAGAGGCUGAGGAAGUCUUUGUGCCUGUCUUAAAUAUAAAUCGUGCUGAGCUACCUCUACGAGGUGACAAUGUCUUCUUCCUUCAGAAGAUUAACAUUCCAGAGUCCCUCUUGAUUUUCCGGGAUGAGAUUGACCUCCAUGCCUUGCACCAAGCUGGCCAACUCACCCUUAUCCUUGUUGACCAUCAUGUCUUACCCAAAAGUGAUGCAGCCCUAGAGGAGGCAGUGGUAGAGGUGCUAGACCAUCGGCCCAUCGAGCAGAAACACUGCCCUCCCUGCCACGUUUGCGUUGAGCUGGUGGGGUCCUGUGCUACCCUGGUGACUGAGAGAAUCCUGCAGGGGGCGCCAGAGAUUUUGGACGGGCAAACUGCAGCCCUUCUGCAUGGAACAAUCAUCCUGGACUGUGUCAACAUGGACGUGAAAGUUGGAAAGGCAACCCCAAAAGACAGCAAAUAUGUGGAGAAAUUGGAGGCCCUCUUCCCAGAUCUGCCCAAGAGAAAUGACAUUUUUGACUCUCUACAAAAGGCAAAGUUUGAUGUAUCAGGACUGACUACCGAGCAGAUGCUGAGAAAGGACCAGAAGACCAUCUUCCGACAAGGCACCAAGGUGGCCAUUAGUGCAAUAUAUAUGGAUUUGGAGGCCUUUCUGCAGAGGUCUGGCCUCAUUGCAGAUCUCCAUGCUUUCUGCCAGGCUCACAGCUGUGAUGUCCUGGUCACCAUGACUAUCUUUUUCAACACUCAUAAUGAGCCAGUGCGGCAGCUGGCUAUUUUCUGUCCCCAUGCAGCACUCCGAAUGACGAUCUGCGGAGUUCUGGAACGCUCCCAUUCUCCAUCCCUGAAGCUGACCCCUGCCCCCAGCGCCCACCCGCACCUCCAAGCCUAUCUUCAGGGCAACACCCAGAUCUCUCGGAAGAAACUUCUCCCUCUGCUCCAGGAGGCCCUGUCAGCAUAUUUUGAGUCCAUGCGGAUCCCUUCUGGGCAGCUGGAGACAGAGGGUGUGUGCCGGGAGCAGGCCGACAGGGAACUGGACAGGGCGGGUAACUCCCUGUUUCCCGGACUGAGUCAAGAUGAGGAGGAGCCCCCACUACCCCCGACGCCCAUGAACAGCCUGGUGGAUGAGUGCCCACUGGAUCAGGGGCUACCCAAACUCUCUGCCGAGGCCAUCUUUGAGAAGUGCAGUCAGAUCUCGCAGUCACAGUCGACCACAGCCUCCCUGUCUACGAAGUGACUGCUGGGAGGGCACAGGAUGGAGAGAGAGGUUCCUUGAACCACUUCAAAUGCAUGUUUUGAGAUGUGUCGGCGGUUCUGUCUUUGUGGCUCCGGGAUCUGGUGUACUGUGUUCGUGAACUGGAGAGAAGAAAGAAGUGAAAGAAAACAGCUGCUUUAGGGAUGGCUUCCUGCUUUUUCCCCAGAUCUCUACCAAUCAGACAGGUCGUAUUAUUUAACUGAAUUCUUCAAACCUGCGUUGACUCUCCUGUAUUUCCUUUGCCGAGGGUACAGUGUGAUACCCACACAGUGCCAGCAAGCAGCUCAAGAAGGCACCCCCUCCGUAAGGCUCUGUGACAGAACCAGUAUCUCUCAUGGAACCAUUCAUUGUCUCCGUGUAUUCAUUUAUGCUCUUAUUCAUUCAGCUAUCGAUUGAAUACCUACUUUCAGCUAGCUAGAAAAUAGAGUGUGCUUUGCAGACUCCUCUUCCAGUU